AGUUCAUUUAUCGUGCAAAUGUUGAAGAGGAAAGAAAGAAAUGUUUCGCUGUGGCGCGUACAACUUGGUUCGCUCUUUUUUUCUUGAUUAAUCCGCGAAGGUUCUGCUUAAUUAAAACGAAAAAAAUUAAUUGAAUUGGUGACGGUUUGAUGUGUCUGUGAUUGAAUCGUCUGCAGAGAGACGCAAAAAUAUUGCGUUGACGGUUUGUGGUGAAUUAUUGGACAAAAUUUAUUGUAGUGUUUUGGUGUUGUUGCAAGUUCUAACUUCGAAAUAAGAAUUUGUUUAGAAGAAAAUUAAUUGCAAAAGUAAAAAUAUCUUUGGAUUCUGUGUGUACGUGAGGUACAAAGGAAAAACUGAGACCCACAGAGAAAACAAAGCCAAUUACAUAAAAUCUAAAACCAUUGCACAUUUUCGAUGUGUAAUACAUUCGGUUGUGUGAGAUGAGAAAAAGAUCAGAGAUACGAUCAAUGAUUAUAAAAUGUGAAUUAUGAGUUUCUUUAGUGACUUCAAAUGGAUUAUUUUUAUUUGAUAAUUUCGUUGGAAUAAGACGUUAAAGUGAACACAAGAGAAAAAUGAAAAAGUUUGUGGUUAUCAAAAAUACGAAGGUGUCCACCAAUAAUCCGGAUGCACACAAUCAAUUUACGACACAAGUCAAAAUGAGUGGAUACUUGAAAAAGAAACGAAAUAAAAUGGGUGGCUGGCGAAAAUUGUGGUUUGUGUUGCAAAAUCAACUACUACUGUCCUACUCAUCCAAAGAAGACUACGAAAAGAAAUUGGCACCGUUUAAGGACGUAGUAAGUCUUGUUCCCGGAACGACCAUUCGACCCACCAAAGGACCAAGAUUCAUCAUCGAAACAACAACUAACUUAAUGUUAACUUACCGCUGUGAUGACAACAAAACAUGUUCCGAGUGGAUAAGCGCUUUGGUAGAUAGUUUAGCUUCGAGCUCACAGAUUACACUCGAAAACAAACUGGCCAAUCAAAAGAAAGCUUUAAUGGCUAGCCGUAGCUGGGACUCCAUAUGCCGAUUACAAGGAUCUCGUUCGCCGAAUAUACCUAUUGUAAACAGUACAGCAAAAAUAUGUAAACGAAAUGGUUUACAAGCAAAUGCAAAUGAGAAACGAGGUCAAAUAGAUUCAAAGUGUGAACGGGUACAAAAUUUCCGACUACAUCGAAACGACCAGCCAGCAUAUCAGUCCUAUGAAGUGCAUCGAAUAAAUAGCAUGUUCAAUCGGUGCAGUGACGCAAACGAUGAUGAUACGAAGCUGAAAAGAUUUCCGUUUUCUACGGGCAACAACAACGGUAACAGUCAUCCGUUGUAUACACACCGACAGCAGGAAUAUUUUCAAAAUUGUUCUGGCAUCAAAGAUACUAGUGGCAACAGUAUGACUACGUACGAAAAUUGUUCCAUCGAAGAACAAAUUCAACGAAUAUCAUUGGAAGACGAGCAAUUCUACUCCUAUCCCACAUCGAUAAAUGACGAAAAUUGUCCGUCUACAUCGAAUGAUGAAAAAAAAUUAUUGGAUGCAAAUUUGCAUGAUAAUAAAAAAAUGCCAUUAAGCUCUUCAGCGUCCAGUCCUUGCACAAGUGGAAACGUAAACAGUUUAAGUGAACCAAUUUAUGCAGUUGUCGACCUCAAAGAUAAAUAUGCACGUCGGAAAAUGAGAGAAAUGGAAAAUGAAAAUGCCAUUAAUAGUCAGCCGGAACGACCUCGUAGCUUUCAUGUGGGCUCAAGCGAUUAUGAAGAGGUAUUGUAUCUGAAACGAGCCGAAGGGAAUGAAGAUGAAGGGGAAAAUAUUUACGAACCCAUCAACAUUCCGGAAUUUUCGCACAAAAAUCCAAUGUGGCGAUACUUUUCCAAAAUCAAUAUCGACGCACUGGUCGAGAUAACCAAAUGGAAAAAGGAGAAAGACGACGGAACUACAUUCUCGGACAUCAGAAAGAGAUGGGGCAAUCACAGAAAGUCGAUAAAGAAUCGAAUGAAAAAAUUUUAUUCCAAAGAGCCCACAGUCAAAACGGUAACGAAUGGCAACUGUUGUAGCGAUGACGAUUUGGGAAGUCAGGCGGCAUCGUGCUCUACAUCUACCAGUUUACGAUCAUCUGAAGACAGUCCGGAGAAACAGCCAAAUACCGCGAACAGUUUCGACGUAACAGAUGGCGGAGAUGGUAGAAAGCAUCGAACGAAAGGCGAAAGGAAUUUAUUCGGAAGUUUAGGACGAUUGAGAAAGUCCAGGACUUCGUUAUUUUUGGACGAUGUUGCACCGAGGAAAAAAAUUCUUAUUACCUACGGAUCGGAUUUUCAAACUGAAUUGAAAUCUGAAGUGGUGAGAAGGUGUAGCGAUGAAGCAAAGGUAGGUGAACGACAUGUGCCAUGGUAAGCUCGGCAAAUGAGUAUGGGAAUGAAUAUAUUUAUGAUGGAAAUUGUGCAACUUAUGCCAAACGCAUGUGAUCUAAGCAAAUAAAAAAAAAAUAAUUUCUAU